GCUUGCGCGGCGGCGGCGGCGGCGGCGGCGCUGAGCGCGAUGGCGGCGGAGGAGGAGGCGGACUCGGCGGACACCGCUGGAGGGUCAGGAUGGCUAACAGGGUGGCUUCCUACCUGGUGUCCCACGUCUACAUCACACCUUAAAGAAGCUGAAGAGAAAAUGUUAAAAUGUGUCCCCUGCACUUACAAGAAAGAGCCUGUCCGCAUAUCCAACGGAAACAGAAUAUGGACACUGAUGUUCUCUCACAACAUUUCUAGUAAGACGCCACUUGUCCUCCUUCAUGGUUUUGGAGGAGGCCUUGGACUUUGGGCCCUGAAUUUUGAAGAUCUGAGCACCGACAGGCCCGUCUAUGCCUUUGACCUCUUGGGCUUUGGGAGAAGCAGUAGACCGAGGUUUGACGGCGACGCAGAAGAAGUAGAGAAUCAGUUUGUGGAAUCCAUUGAGGAGUGGAGGUGUGCCCUCGGGCUGGACAAAAUGAUCUUGCUUGGACACAACCUGGGAGGAUUUCUGGCUGCUGCUUACUCACUGAAAUACCCGUCAAGAGUUAGUCACCUCAUUUUAGUAGAGCCAUGGGGUUUUCCUGAGCGACCCGAUCUUGCUGAUCAAGAGAGACCAAUUCCAGUUUGGAUCAGAGUCCUGGGAGCAGCACUGACUCCCUUUAACCCCUUGGCUGGCCUCAGGAUCGCAGGACCUUUUGGGUUAAGUCUAGUGCAGCGCUUAAGGCCUGAUUUCAAGCGGAAGUACUCCUCCAUGUUUGAAGAUGACACCGUGACAGAGUAUAUCUACCACUGUAAUGUACAGACCCCCAGUGGUGAGACAGCCUUCAAAAACAUGACCAUUCCUUACGGGUGGGCGAAGCGGCCAAUGCUUCAGCGGAUAGGAGACUUGCACCCUGACAUUCCAGUUUCUGUGAUCUUCGGCGCCCGGUCCUGCAUAGAUGGCAACUCCGGCACCAGCAUCCAGUCACUGCGACCCAAGUCCUAUGUGAAGACAAUAGCUAUCCUGGGGGCGGGGCAUUAUGUGUAUGCGGAUCAGCCAGAAGAGUUCAACCAGAAAGUCAAGGAGAUCUGCCACAUGGUAGACCAAGCUGCGUGAGGCUGUGACUGACGCACUCCAGAGCAAUAUCCUGUCCUACAACCAUGGGAAGAGUAACAAGUACAGCUAGAGCCAGGCGGCCUCCUGGACUGGACUCAUGAAGUCACUUCCCCGUUUAAACCAAUUAGUGCCUUCUAGCAGAGCGGCUUUCCUUUCUCCUGCACAAGAGUCUUCCAAUUUAACAGUAGCCUGAAAUAAAGGUUAUUUGUCCUUC